AUAAUUUUAAAAACAGAAUAUAAUACAAAAUUCCUGUCUCUUUGUAUUUAAAAAAAAAUUUUUUAACCAAAGAAUGGAGAAUACUACAGUCACGAGACUGCUGCAAGUGUCCGAGGAGGCAGCGCCCGUGGUGCAAAUUCCCAUUGUUGUGGGCAAUGAGAUGUUCAUUCUUAUCCAACAAGAUGUAAGGCGUAUCGAGGAUAUACGUCAUUUGAGUUACAAUCGAUUGGGUUCCCAUGCUCAGAUCCCUCCCAUUCUCAAUCAAUUGAAUGCUCAAGCCUUUGGCAGUCACUUUAACAGUGGUUCCGCGCCAGCAACGCAAUUUUCUGCACUACAAGGUCUAGUCCCGCACAGCCAGCAACAGCCUACCCAGAUUACUUUCCCUGGCGUUGACAUAGAUAUGGAGAAGACGCUACCGCGAGUUGUCGCGAAUGUAUCUAAGCAACUGUCUUGGUCCAAGCAGUCCAAAUCCUCUUCACCAUACCCUAUAUGUUACAGCAUCGCAACAUCAACCAGUGCACUUCCGAAGCAAAACUCUGGUGAUAACCCGCAUCGAUCUCCAGAUAGAAAGAAUUGUAGUUGUCAGACAUGCACAAAUACUACAUCACAGGCCUGCAACACGGAGCCAAGAUCACAUUCAGCAACAAUGGCGAGUAACACGGAGACAAGACCAUAUACCACUUCGCGGGCAUCCCAAACGGGUCCAACAAAGAAACGCAGGGAAAUUUUUAAAAAACAUCGAUCAAAUGAUAGCUCUUGCUCCGAUGCUUGCAGCCAUACGCAGGAGGAGCUAUGCGCCUGUGGGCAUUCUCUACCAAAACCACUAUCACGCCGCGUCAGGCUUGCAUCGCCUGAACGUUUACGCCACCAUCGUAGCAAAUCCACAUGUUUGAUGCCGCAGGUUACUGUGCCUAAUGAGCUUUACGAAGAGUUGCAAGCGAAAAAAAGGCAAUUGGAGAAAGAGCAGCAGCAAAAACAUUUUGAUCCGAAGCUGUAAUCCUCGGAAGCCAGCGUCGACCAUUCAAGACAGCAAUGACAAAUCAAAACUUUUAUUUACAUUUUAAUCUCUACUAUGUAUUUUAUGUCCCCCCCAAGUCU